CAACGCAACGCUAGUACUUCACAUCGCGCCGCCGCCGCACUUCGAUCGCCAUGGCCGAGCGUCGCCAGCUGGCUCUGUCUCUGGCCGCCAAAACCAAGGCCUCGCCGGCAGGGACGGCGACGGUGGCGUCGUCGGUGCCCCCGGAGCAGCUGCCGGCGACGGUGGAGAACGAGCGCGCGCGCCGCCGCCACAUGUCCAGGCUUUACGCCGAGCUGGGCGCGCUGCUCCCGGACCUGCCCCCUCGGGCGCCCAAGACGAGGAUCCUGGAGGAGGCGAUCGCGUACGUGGGGGCGCUGCGGGGCACGGUGGCGGAGCUCGAGGCGCGCGGCCCGUUCGCGGGGGCAGGGCGGCUGACCGCGGCCGACGGAGGCGGCGCCGGCGGGGGCGAGGUGCUCGCGGCCGGGAAGGCGUCGUGCUUCGCCGCCCGGAUGCCUGCGGCGCGGCGACCGGGCGCGCUGACGCGCGUGCUGGAGGUGUUCCGCAGGCACGGGGUGCCCGUCCUGGCGGCCACGGUGACCAUCAACGACGGGGAGGCCGCGGUCACGGUCACCACGGCGGCAGUGGCGCCGAGCGUUGUGGAGGGGAUCAAGGCAGAUAUCAGCAUUAGCAUUGCGUGAUCAGUUAAUUUUUCCUCUUUUCUCUUAGUAUAUCACGGAUGGAUGCGUAUGCAUCAUCUAUCUCGAUCUGUUCAGAAAAAAUUUGGGAAAGAACGCCUCAUCGACUACAAUUUUGCGAGUUCCUAUAGGAACACAGACAUGCAAAAGAACCGUUUCAACACAUGUGCUUGAGAUAUUUUCUUUUUCUUUUUU